AUGGACUACUGCGCAAUCUCCAUAGUUAGGGUCGCAUUGUCCUGCUGCACAGUAUAUAUCCUUGCUUCCGCACCACCCCCUAAGCGAGCAGCAGUUUCCAAAAUUACCCCCAAAACACAUUAUGCCGCCGCUGUUCGCUCCGCAUGUGGGCGAGAAGACCGGCGCGGGGAGUGUCUCGUUGGUAUCGUUGCACUUGCCGAAAUACGGGUUGCAGCGGUCCGCCUUGCAGGUCGCGAUGGUGGAGCCGCAGUAGUUGUUCAGGCCGCAGCAGUCGCCGAAAGCGCUGCCCUCGCAUGUGGUGUUGAAGGCGUGGCCGCAGUAUCCGUCCUGCGAGACGGGGAACGCGGGGAGAAACGGCUCGCCCGAGGGGACGGGGACGGGGCUGGUGUAGUUCCAGUCCGGGGUGGCUCGGGCGCAGUAGGUGAGGCCGGGCUGGAUGCUGGCGGUGCAGUUGCUGGACGAGAGGGACGGGUUGAAGGCGAGGAAGAGCUCCGAGGAGACGACGUAGCUGAGGCAGAUCUGCUCGCAGGUCAUGUCGCCUGCGGUUUACCACUCACCGCACCUGGUCGACGUGUUGGGCGCCACGACUGCGCCGGCUGGGGGGUCGACGAUAGCGGGGGCGUACCCCGGUUGUGGGGUCUGGGCGUUGGAGAAGUUAUUGGCGAUUACGGUCCAUGGCUCUCCUGGGGCAGAGACGCAGGUCCCGUAGUUGAUGGCCCCGUUCCAAUUGACGAGAUCAAUCCAGGAGACCCCGCACUCGAGCCCGAGACCGACGCACGUAUCACCGGCUUGGACUUUGUAAGUAUCACAGGUCUGCGGGAGACAAAGCUCAAGUCCCGCAGGCUGGGUGGAUGGCUGUUCAACGAUCCCGAUCAGCCGACGAAGAGUACAUUCUCGGAUAUCGCAGGAUCCGAGGAGAAUCAGAAGAAGUUUGCCAAGUCGCUACUUGCGAUGAUGUCAAAGUACGGCUUUGAUGGUGUGGAUAUCGACUGGGGGUAUCCCGUUGCGGAAGAGCGCAGUGGUCGGAAAGAAGACUUUGACAAUUUCCUCAAGUGGAUGAGGAACCUGCGCUCUCAGCUCCAGAGCAGUGGAAAGAAGUACGGGUUGACUCUGACCCUCCCUGCGAGUUACUGGUAUCUCCCACACUUCGACAUUAAGAGACUGCAGGAGUCGGUCGACUGGUUCAAUGUCAUGUCCUAUGAUAUGCACGGCACUUGGGACCAGAACAAUACCUGGGUCGGACCAUUUCUGAAUCCCCACACGAACCUGACUGAGAUUAAGGGGGCACUAGACCUGCUCUUUCGCAAUGAUAUUGAGCCGGCCAAGGUAACGAUGGGCCUGGCGUACUACGGCCGCAGUUUUACCCUCUCAUCACCAGACUGCUUCGAACCGGGCUGCACAUACAAGUCUGGUGGUAAUGCAGGUCAUGAGAAUGGCCUCACUCCCAAGUUCUACGAAGAGGAUGCCGUCAAGGCGAUCCACUGGGGUGACCAGUGGGUGUCGUAUGACGACGCAAACACCUUCAAGAUCCGCGGCGAUUUGCAAACUCGCAGUGCUUGGGGGGCCCAUGACGAUCAUAAGUCGACCUCUGCCAAAGGGCUGAUGACCGGCCUUGGGAAGAAACAAAUGCAGCUGCCUUCGUACUCUGCCGCGAGCGCAGCUCCGUCGACAUUGACCAAGAGGGAUGACAGUGCCGGCAGCAAUGUGGACGUGUGUCGUCGGACUAACUGCGGCGAGAAUUGUCCCGCCGGGUGGAAAUGGAUCAGGCGCGCAGAUAGCGACACUCUCAGUAUGACUGACGAGACCUACUGCUACUCGGGUCAGGAUUCCCGCAAGUUCUGCUGUCCAGGCGACGUGGACCUGCCCAGCUGUCAAUGGCACGGUAUGCCGAAACACGGCGGGAACUGCAGCCCCGGGUGCAAGGACGGUGAGGUCGAAGUCAGCACGCUGGGCUAUCCAUACUGCCAGACCAAGCAUCAGUCUGCCUGCUGCACUGUCACGCCGUCUACAGCCCCCUACGGUGAAUGCAAGUGGGUGGGAAGCGCGGGCCUGUGUUCCUCAUCCAGCAGCCAUAAAGACUGCCCCAGUGAUUAUCCGACGUUCAUCUUUGCCAGUUCCAACGGCGCUGGUGGAGAGCAGACGUGUACACAGGGAGCCAAGAGCUUCUGCUGUAAGGGCAAGGUGCCCUGGCAGUUCAAGAAGUGCUUGUGGCAAAAGAAGGCCACCAAUCUCCUAAGAGCAGAGGCAUUCUGCGAGAGCUCCUGCCCCAAAGGACAAACUCGGCUAGGAAUGCAUGCAGGCGACUACAGGCUGGGCUGGGAGGCAUACUACUGCGCAGGAGAUCCCCCGCCUCCCCCAAAGACUGAUGACGGGGGCAGUACUAAGCCGAACACCACCACCGUUGAGCCCCGCGACCCCAAUCACCUAUACUACUACAAGUAUCAGUCCUUGAUCUCAAGAUAUAUGCAGGAUCCAGGGGCCCCGCCUGAUUUCCAGAGCUACUCCUGGUCACCGGAAGAGGAUCAAGCACUGGUGGAGCAGACCAAACUGAACCUAUACAACUUUGAGCUUUUCAACACGUACAAUGCGCGAACAAUGGUGUCGAACGUCCAGGCCCUCAUCAAUCUGUACGACCAUACCGGGCCGCCGGUGAUGUACGGCGACCAUUUCCUGAUGGCCGAGAUGAAUGGUGCGAUCAACCAGUCCGGGGGUGGCAUUGAUCGGUAUGCCUAUGUCAGUGACUUGAUAGCCAACCCGCGGACGGCUGACGAGGCAUUGAACUACAUGGACACGGCUGUCGAUGACCUGUGCACCAUUCAAGAGGCCGAGGGCACCGCCCCAGCGAAACAGGAUACUCCUGCGGCGGAGAGUGAUAAUGCAGACCUUAAAGAACGACAUAUCAAUAUCAUUGAUAUAUCUACCGACUCAAAGGUAAAUGGGCAGCCGACCAUGCGGACCAUCCUGCGCGGCAUCAGGAAUGGAGACCUGACCCUGCACUAUGCCCGGUGGGAACAUUUCAACAACCGGAAUGGCGACAGGAGCAGAGAAGGUCCUUUACUGGAAAUAGCCUAUUGGAUUGGAAUUGAGAUCGGGACUCUGGGGGCCAAUGCCAACGAGUAUCAAGAAACAGAAAAUGACAAAUGGGUUGUUUUCCAUUUCCACUACAAUAAUGAUGGGCUUUUGUUUCGGCCAAAGAAGGGCCAAAUGUACAUUAGCUGCACCAGCAUAACUGUUUUCCACGGGCAAACCCUCGACAACAGGGCGCGUGGUGAUAAUCGGAUCUGGAACCGGGAUGACGGCCGUGACGGCAAUCCCAACACAGGAAAUACGCGAUCUAGAGCCCUGCAAUGCCCCAGAGGACAGCGGUGGUACAUUGCCCAGGCGGCUGCGAGUGCUGCGGGCAACCAUUAUUACGCAACCGAACUGGCGGAAUUCGCGCGUACUCUGUAUGACCAGGGAUAUCUGGGGGCUCAAGCAUUCAGACUGAUCUACCCGGGCAGCGACAACCCCUUCAAGUUCCAUACGUCUCAGUAUCAGCAGUUCAGGGACGGAAUGAGUCGCAAUUUCCUCAUGGUUGAGAGGGAGAUUAUGGCGGGAUGGACAGAGUAG